GAAACGAAACUGAUCUGAGUCUCUCUGUCGUCUGUCUGUGUGAGAGUGAACAACCGUCCAAAUGGCUCAACAGGGAGUUCUGCUGGACCAGGACCAGUUCUGUUGUUCUGUCUGUCUGGAUCUACUGAAGGAGCCGGUCACUAUUCCCUGUGGACACAGUUACUGUAGGAGCUGUAUUGAGGGCUGCUGGGAUCAGGAUGUUCUGAAAGGGGUCUAUAGCUGUCCUCAGUGCAGAGAGACUUUCACUCCAAGGCCUAAUCUGAGGAAAAAUAACAUGUUGGCUGAGCUGGUGGAGAAACUGAGGAAGACAGGACUCCAGGCUGCUCCCCCUCCUGCUCUGUGCUAUGCUGGACCUGGAGAUGUGGCGUGUGAUUUCUGCACUGGGACCAGAAAGCAGAAAGCCCUCAUGUCCUGUCUGGUGUGUCUGGCCUCUUACUGUGAGACUCACCUCCAACCUCACUAUGAAUCUCCUGCUUUGAAGAAGCACAAGCUGGUCAAAGCCACCGCACAACUACAGGAGAAGAUCUGCUCUCAUCAUGACAAACUGCUGGAGGUUUACUGUCGUACCGAUCAGCAGUGUAUCUGUUAUCUGUGUACAAUGGAUGAACAUAAAGGCCAUGAUACAGUGUCAGCUGCAGCAGAGAGGACUGAGAAACAGAGGCAGCUGGGGAUGAGUCAGCAGAAGGUCCAGCAGAGAUUCCAGGAGAGAGAGAAGGAGCUGAAGGAGCUCCAACAGGCUGUGGAGUCUCUCAAGCGCUCUGCACAGUCAGCAGUGGAGGACAGUGAUCAGAUCUUUACUGAGCUGAUCCGCUCCAUUGAGAGAAGGAGCUCUGAGGUGAAGGAGCUGAUCAGAGCCCAAGAGAAGGCUCAAGUGAGUCAAGCUGAAGGACUCCUGGAGCAACUGAAGCAGGAGAUAGCUGAGCUGAGGAAGAGAAGCACUGAGCUGGAGCAGCUCUCACACACAGAGGAUCACAUCCAUUUCCUCCAGAUUCCUGUCAGCUCACACUGGACCCAAACACAGCAGGCACACACCUCUCUCUGUCUGAAGGGAACAGAAAGUAUCAUUGAUCAGCUUGUUGGCUCGGUCCUAAUUGAUGUGUUCUCUGUCACCUGGAGCUGCAUGGAAAAUGGUCCAGGAACUAAAGGACAAUUCAGGACUAGUCAGCCCACUACAAGCUGGUAUCACUUACUUUCUACUAAACUAUAUGGUCUGGUUUCCCAGACACAGAUUAAUCCUAGUCCUGGACUAAACAGUAUGUUCAAUGUAGAUGUCCAGGAAACCGGCCCUAAAUGUGUCAUCUUUCAUCCUCCCAUACUGCUCAGUCCAGCAACAUUAAACCUGUCCAGCAGGUGGUGCUGUUGACCAAACAAUAAAACCAGCAGAUAUCUUGACUUGCCACUCAGUAUAUCAGUAAUGUUCAGAAUAGUACUUUAAUAUCAUUGGAGAUUGAUGGUCUUUUUAAUCCACUAUCCAGAGUCAGGAACAGAUGAAGUUAGGUCUGCUACUGUUCAGUGAUUAAAUAUGAUUUAUGGUGAUGGGAAAUAAUAAAAAACACUCAACUUCA